UUUCACCUUCUUUAUAUUUUUAAUUAAUUAAUACUGGUAUAUAAACACGUAAGAUUAGCAAUACGCAAAAGUUCAUACUCCGUAUUAAUGAAGAUGAAUCUCAGGCGUACGAUGAUUGGAUUAACAAAAUCAUGAACAUUUUUUCCACACUGAAUCGAUUUCGAUGUGCUGAAUUUUGUUUCUGCGUGAAAAUUUUCAGAUUGGAGGUGAAGCUGGAGGGGUGAAUAUUGUAUAUCAAUAAAAUAUUGUUAAAAUGCCUGCGCAUGGGGAUCUGGAUCGGCAGAUCGAGCAGUUGAUGGAGUGCAAGCCUCUGACGGAAUCCGAGGUGAAAGCGUUGUGUGAUCAGGCGAGGGCGAUUCUAGUGGAGGAGUGGAAUGUUCAGCCGGUAAAAUGUCCAGUCACCGUUUGUGGAGAUAUUCACGGCCAGUUCUAUGAUCUGAUCGAGCUAUUUCGCAUAGGCGGCAACGCUCCUGACACGAAUUACCUCUUCAUGGGAGAUUAUGUUGAUCGUGGCUAUUAUUCAGUUGAGACUGUUACACUUUUGGUUGCCCUAAAAGUUCGCUACAGAGACAGAAUCACCAUUCUUAGAGGAAAUCAUGAAAGCCGGCAAAUCACACAAGUAUAUGGUUUCUAUGAUGAAUGCCUGAGGAAGUAUGGAAAUGCCAAUGUUUGGAAGUUUUUCACUGAUUUGUUUGACUAUCUACCCCUUACAGCACUUAUAGAGAGUCAGGUAUUUUGUUUACAUGGUGGACUCUCACCGUCCUUAGAUACGCUUGAUAAUAUCAGAGCUCUGGAUCGAAUACAAGAGGUCCCCCAUGAAGGACCAAUGUGUGAUCUGUUAUGGUCUGAUCCGGAUGAUCGAUGUGGUUGGGGGAUAUCUCCUCGAGGGGCUGGAUACACCUUCGGACAAGAUAUAGCUGCUCAGUUCAACCACACAAAUGGGCUCACUCUGAUCUCUAGAGCUCAUCAGCUUGUGAUGGAGGGUUACAACUGGUGCCAGGAGAAAAAUGUGGUGACAGUAUUUAGUGCACCAAACUAUUGUUACCGGUGUGGUAACAUGGCAGCAAUACUAGAAAUCGGGGAAAAUAUGGAGCAGAAUUUUCUCCAGUUUGACCCUGCCCCUCGACAGAUUGAGCCUGAUACUUCGAGAAAGACGCCUGAUUAUUUUUUGUGAUGAUUGAGAUAACAUUUGACUGUUGGAGUUUGUUGUCCAAUCCUCAAUGCCUAUGCGGUCCAUGUAUACUUUCUCUUGUCCCGACUCCUGAGCGAGUUCUAAGUGCAAAAUUUUUGUUUACUGGUUGGAUACUUGGAGAUUUAAUGGCAUACCGAAUUUGGGUGAAGUGAGGGGUCCCCUUUUUGUUCAUUUUUUAGUGUUGUCAAGGGUACUUGUUUGUUACUAAUUGUUACUAUUAUUAUUAACUUCUUAAAAUGUGUAGUCGUUGUAUGCAGGACAUGUACUGUUUGUACCUUGUACAUUCUGAAUGGUGAUACAAAUUUUAAAUAAUAUUGCAAUCGAAUGGAACAAUGUGAUGCAACUGACUAUGAAUCAUGUAAAAAAG